CUUCCAUCCAACACGAUCGCACAGUCGGACAGUCGGACAGUCGGACAGUUGCCUCAGAUAGCCGCGCCCCGCCAACGUGAGCCAGCCAUGAAAUGCACAACGGCAUCCCUGCUGCUGCUGCAGGUGUUGGUGGCAGCCUGGCUGUGCCAAGCACUCGUGCACGCACUUCCCGUCGCCGUGAGCGUGCAAAAGCACAACGACACGUCAAGAUUGGAUCGGCAGCGAAGGAGCCCAGCAUUCUCUGCAGACAUCGAGCUGAAGCGAGCAAAGAUGCGGGCCAUGUCCGCUCUCAAGACCGACUCCCAUACCCCGGACGUUGAGCUUGCUAUGCGCGCAUCGUGGCUCUCUGCAGCCGCGUACUGCCCGCAGACGUACAUCCAGCGCUGGACCUGCAAGCCCUGCUACGAAACCAACAUCGUUCUCACGGGCAUUCAACGAUUCUCCAAGUACGUGGAAGCAGCAUCGGACACGCACGCGUACUUGGGGGUCGACCACAUCAACGAGCAGAUUGUCGUUGUAUUUCAAGGAACCAAGGACACGACGCAAGAAUGGGAGGAUAUGGAUGCGGCCAAAGUGACACCUGAAUUCAAGAGUCAGCCGCCAGAUGUCCUGGUGCAUCAAGGAUUCUUGCUCGGCUACGAAUCCAUCCGCAAGGAGUUGAUGAACGCCAUCACCAAGAAGACGAAGAAGUAUCCCACGUAUGAAGUGCUUGUCACUGGGCAUAGCCUCGGGGGUGCACUGGCGACACUGUGCACGGUUGACAUCGCCACCCUGCUGCAAUCUGUCACGGUGCACAUGUACACGUUUGGCCAACCACGCGUUGGCAACUUCGACUUUGUGGAGUUCUUCAAGCGCCUGAACAUUGCAUCCUCUUGUCGCUUUGUCCACUACACAGACAUGGUUCCCCAUCUUCCCCCUGAGCUUGACUACUACUACCACGUGCCCACAGAAGUUUACUACGAGAAUUACUAUGGGCCUUCCUCUCUCCAUGUCUGCGAUGGCUCAGGCGAGGACACUGCGUGCUCUGAUCAGUUCUGGUUCUCCCACAGCCUGGCCAACCAUCUGAACUACCUUGGGCAUGACAUCGCAUCGGCUUCAUGCGCCAGCGUGUCAUCCAGGUCGACGUCCGUGGCGCCGUUCACAUCAACGACGUUCACAACACCAGGAACAACAACAACCACCACCAACAACUUCCCGACAGGCAGCUGGACCACGACUACAAUGCCAAGAACAACGAGCACAGCACCGUGGACAACGACAACAACAACAGGUGUCACCACAACUUGGACGACGUCAAACAGCGGCGGUGGUAGUGGUAUGGCAACCGUUUCUCGCUGCUCUCGCUAUGGCGCCCCCUUCACCGUCAGCGAUGGCAUGCCAGACUACCCUCAAGCCCACUCUGUGCUGUUUGACAACAAGUACGGCGACAUGCGGUCGUUCAUGUACAUGACGUGGAACAACAGCAACUGCGCCGGCGAUCCCAUCUACGAGUCACAACUGGACCUGACGAGCAACAAGGGCGUGGAGGCGACAUCGGAGGUGCUGCACUACGACAACGCCGUGUUCCGCUUCAAGAAGGGCGGCGACAAGGUUGUACAGCGCCUGAACAAGUUCUGUGGCUGCAACUUGGACAGCAACACGCCCACCUGGAAGACGGGUCAAUGGAUCACAGUGACACCGGGCAUGUGCAAGCAGCAGCAGCCGCCAAAGCGUGCGCCGUGGCUGUGCUUCCUGCUCGGCGGUGCUGUGAUUGACCUGCACUAUCAGUACUUCCCCAACGCGUACCAGCGCAGUCUGCUCAACAACACCGUCGUCGCCACCACCCCGCCAGAGCUCGACUCCCCAAUCAUGCACACCAUCCCAUUCGGCCGAUAUCCUGAUGCAGACGAGUGCGGCUAUCAGCGCUGGGCCGGGUGCAGCUCCCAGAUCACUACCACCAUUGACCAGUGCGCCAAGCGCUACGGUGAAGAGAACGAGGCAUUCCGGGUGAUGUGUCUGCUCAACGGGCUGUACAACGCUCCCAGCCCCUUCACCAUGCGUGCCUGCUGCCCAUGCCUUGGCAAGUAUGGCCAGGAAUAUGCACCUUGGGCGACUCUGCCGUGUGAUCUCUCGUAAAGGCCAAAUCGUUGGCUUCAGACGAAUGACACCCUCUCUCCCACAACAUCAACUCGUGCCCGCUUUCCAUCGCGAAGCAAUCACCGUUUUGUUUGAC